AUGAAGGUUCCAAAUUGUUUUAGAGUUGAUGUGGUGGAAAAUGAGGGUGAUAAGCUGGAUGUUACUAAGAAGAAAACUAUGGUGAAAGCUGUUGUUUCUGUAUCUGCUAACCUUAAUUUGGUGCCGGUCCUUAAUGGUAAUAACUUUAAGGACUGGAAGGAGAACAUUUUCAUUGUUCUUGGCUGCAUGGAUCUUGACCUUGCAUUAAGGAUGGAUAGACCUGCUUCUCUUACGGAUGCUAGUACCUCCGAGCAAAGGAGGAUUUAUGAGAAGUGGGACCGUUCAAACCGCAUGAGUCUUAUGAUCAUCAAGCGUGGCAUACCUGAGGCUUUUAGGGGUGCGGUGUCCGAAGAGGUCACCGAUGCCACAACUUUCCUUGCUGAAAUUGAGAAACGCUUUGCAAAAAGCGAUAAGGCGGAAACAAGUACUCUGUUAAAGAAACUUAUUUCCAUGAGGUUUAAGGGCAAGGAAAACAUAAGGGAGUACAUUAUGGAAAUGUCUCACCUUGCUUCAAAGUUGAAGGCACUAAAGCUUGAGCUUUCGGAUGACUUGCUUGUGCAUUUAGUGCUUAUCUCUCUUCCUCCACAAUUCAGUCAAUUCAAGGUCAGUUACAACUGUCAAAGGGAGAAGUGGACUCUUAAUGAGCUCAUUUCAUUUUGUGUUCAAGAGGAAGAAAGAUUGAAGCAAGAGAAGACUGAAAGUGCUCAUUUGACAAGCACCUCUAAGGAUAAGGGCAAGAAAAGGAAGAAUGAGGCUGCUAAGGAUAAGGGUCCAGCAGAUAAGAAACAAACUCAAGCCAACAACGAUGGUGGUUGUUUCUUUUGCAACAUGAAAGGACACGUGAAGAAGGAAUGUGCUAAGUACAUUGCAUGGCGAGCAAAGAAAGGGUUGCCUGAGUUACCGAAAGCCAAGUGAUGCUGAAAGAAGCAUUUAUGUGGGAGACGGCAAGUCGGUGAAUGUGGAAGCAAUAGGGCAUUUUAGGUUGUUGUUAAGUACUGGUUACUAU